GUUCUAUAUAUAUUCUUCGUUCCACUUUCUAUCUUUGUAUCUUCCGUUAGAAGAAGAUACUAACUCUCAGAAGCGUAACACAAGCACCCACGCUGAAGAAGUUAUUGGAUAUUCGAGGCCAUGACAGAAGAAGAAAGAAGAAUCACAUACCCUUUAGAUGCAGGGUCGUAUAGCCUCCUCUAUGAGAUCGGCAGUGGCGUGAGUGCAGUAGUCUACAAGGCCACUUGCCUGCCGUUAAACUCUGCUGUUGUAGCAAUCAAGGCCAUCGAUCUCGAGAGGUCCCGAGCUAAUCUCGACGACGUGCGACGAGAGGCAAAGGCCAUGGCUCUCCUCUCUCAUCCGAACAUCCUCCGAGCCCACUGCUCCUUCACGGUCGACAGCUACCUCUGGGUGGUGAUGCCGUUCAUGGCCGCUGGUUCGUUGCAUUCCAUCAUUUCCUCCUCGUUCCCCGACGGCCUCCCGGAGCCAUCCAUUGCCGUAGUUCUCAAGGAGACCCUCCAUGCUCUCUCCUACCUCCAUGGCCAGGGCCACAUCCACCGCGACAUCAAGGCUGGCAACAUCCUCGUCGACUCUGAUGGCUCCAUCAAGCUCGCAGACUUCGGGGUGUCCGCGUCCAUCUAUGAGUCGCACCCCUCGUCGUCCUCUACCUCGUCGUCUUCGUCUUUCUUCAAUGACAUGGCCGGAACUCCCUACUGGAUGGCCCCCGAGGUGAUCCACUCGCACGUCGGCUACGGUAUCAAGGCCGACAUAUGGUCGUUUGGCAUCACCGCCCUCGAACUCGCGCAUGGCCGGCCUCCACUCUCCCAUCUCCCGCUCUCUAAAUCGCUGAUGAUGAGGAUCACCAGUCGUCUCCGCCUCGAGGACGCCCACGAACAGUGCGGCAAAGAGAAUGACAAGAAAAAAAAGAAAAAGAAAUUCUCCAAAGCAUUCAAAGAAAUGGUGGCCUCCUGCCUCUCCCAGGACCCCUCAAAGAGGCCGUCAGCUGACAAGCUUCUCCGCCACCCCUUCUUCAAGAACUGCAAGUCCCCUGACUACCUCGUCAAGAACGUGCUGCAAGCCGUGCCGACGGUGGAGGAGAGGUUCAAGGAAAUAAGAAUAGGCGGACGGCAUCCCGACGAGGCCGAUAGUGGUGGAUCGGCAUCCCCACCCGUCAAGAACCGACGGGUAAGCGGAUGGAAUUUUAACGAAGAUGUCUUCAAACUGGAUCCGGUUUACCCGGAGGAGAGCGACGACAAGUGCGCGAUCAAAUGCAUUCAGUUCAGCGGAGACGAACUGAUCAGCAAUGGAGAUCAAGAAGGGAACAAGGAGUCCAAAGUCGAAGAGGAAGAGUUGGCUAAGAAAGCAUGUGAGGCUCCACCGAACUCAGCAAUUCUGAAGGAGUCUUUGGUCCCAAACCUGGUUUCGCUGCUAAGUAGCUUGGAAUUGCAGAGGGGGAUGGUGAUGGACGUGCUGGCGCAUUGCGGGUGCAAGGAUGGGAAGGAGCAGAAGGUGAGGGAGCAGAGGGAGCAGCAGCUUUUGGGGUACGUGAGGAGCCUGCAGCAGACUGUGGUCGAUCUGAACCUCCAGCUGCAGAGGGAGAUGAAGAGGAAUUGUGAACUGGAAGAGGCUCUGGACAGUGUCAGGAGGAGAAGUGGUGAAAAGCAGAGAACCACCGGCACCUGAAGGCAAUGGAUGCUCUGCGACCCAAGUGCACUACUCAAGCAAGGUCGACAAUGAUAGUCGAUCUGGACCGUCACCUUAGUCUGAACUGAGUCGAACAGUCUCAGUUAUGUAGCUAUUAAAAUAAUCAAAAAUGGACAUUUUGUAGUAUAUUCCUUCUUACUCCCA